CCGAAAAUCCAUGGCUCUGAAUUUCAAUUACGUAAAGAUUUACAAUCGACACCCUUCAUUUGACGGUAUCUUCCACAGAGGCGUCAUUUUACAAUCUUUACGCGGUUUUUCCUCUCUCCGUUUUUUGUCCGGUUCUCUUAUGGUCAGACGCAAAGAUGGAAUUUUGAAAUGCUUUAGGAAUUUCCUACGACUAGGGUUUUUGUCCAAGGGAAGGAGGGAGAAGAAGAAGAAGAAGCGAAUAAUGGCACCACCGGUGAGGAUUGCGGGAGUUGAUCAGGAGUUGCGGAGGAUUUUGGAGGCUAACAUGGACGAGGUGCCUAAUCGGAGGAGGGCCCGGGAAGCAUUUAAGGAUAUUCAACUUGGGAUUGACCAUAUUUUAUUCAAGACUCCGUCUGAUGGAGUGAAAACGAAUGAGUCAUUUGAGGUGAACUCUAGAGGAUUGGAAGUUUUCUCAAAAAGUUGGCUUCCAAAGACCACUCGCCCCAAAGCGAUGGUAUAUUAUUGUCAUGGUUAUGGAGACACCUGCACCUUUUUCUUUGAAGGACUUGCAAGAAAGUUGGCAUUAUCUGGAUAUGGAGUUUUUGCAAUGGAUUAUCCAGGAUUUGGCAUGUCAGAAGGUCUUCAUGGCUAUAUUCCCAGCUUUGACAGGCUUGUUGAUAAUGUCGUUGAGCUAUACUCAAAAUUUAAAGAGGAUCCAGAUUUCAGUACUCUUCCAAGUUUCCUCUUUGGACAGUCCAUGGGUGGAGCUGUAGCUCUGAAGGUGCACCUAAAGCAACCUAAUGAAUGGAGUGGUGCCGUUCUUGUGGCACCCAUGUGCAAGAUUGCAGAUGACAUGGUUCCACCCCCAAUAGUAACUAAAGUGCUGAUCGGUGUAGCUAAAAUUCUUCCGAAACGUAAGUUGGUCCCACAAAAGGAUUUGGCUGAGGCAGCUUUUAGGGAAACAAAGAAGAGAGAACAGGUAGCCUAUAACGUUAUUGCUUACAAGGACAAGCCAAGGUUGCGUACUGCUGUAGAGAUGCUGAAAACGACUCAAGAGAUAGAACAUAAAUUGGAUAAGGUUUCAUUGCCAAUGUUAAUCCUGCAUGGAGAGUGUGAUGUUGUUACAGACCCGUCUGUAAGCAAAGCCUUAUACGAGAAAGCAAGCAGUUCAGACAAGAAGUUCAUUCAGUACAAGGAUGCUGCUCAUUCUCUUCUAGAGGGCGAGCCAGAUGAUAUGAUAGAACGUGUUUUUAGUGAUAUCAUUUCUUGGCUUGAUGAGCACUGCGAAGAGAGACCAUAACUCUUCUCUCUUGUACAAAAAGAUUAAAAAAAAAAAAAAAAAUUGGCAGUAAGGAUCGAAGGUCAAUAACUGGAGAAGAAUACGGGUAAUAAUAGGUUGUCGCAUACAUGCAUUACAUUGAAUGAUUCUUUGGGGGUAGAUUUGAAGAUUAUAUUAAACUCUUGAGAAUUCUUUCAGCAACAGAUCAAGAUUUCGUUAUUAUUAUUAUUAUUAUU